UCAUGGCAGAUCGGUUAGAACGUGAACAGAGCCUGCCAGAAGCCUGUGCAGAGAUGCAUGGCUGCACAGGUAGUGUAGAGCCAGAUAAGUCAACUAUCCAGCCAAUGGAUUCACUCUGAGCUGCUGCUGCUUUGCAUACUGAGUCUCUGUCCAACAGUCCUUACACUUUAUUAGAUUACGAGAGCAUCACCAAUACAGGAUGACAGAAAAUUCCUCACCACCACCAUGUGGAAUUUCUUCAUUCAUAAUGGUGCCCGGUGGGACAUGUCAAAUCCCUAUUAGGAGAAAAUAACCUGAUUUACCAUUACUUUUCCCUCUACUCCAGCCGAGCGAGGAUGCAUCUGCUCUGCACCUGCGUCCUAUCCCUGAUGAUUGCGUCCCCCCUGGUGAGCGCCACUGUGUCAAACAGCUUCAGAGACUGCAGCCAUUUUUUCUACAUGCAGACACCACCUGCAGGGAUCAGAGGAACCGGCCUGAGGAGGAUCUGCCAGAAGUACGCAGACAAACUGUGCUACGCCACACUGUAUGACAGCAGUCGCCGCCUCCCUCUGUACUCAGCCUACAUCUUUAAGAAGUCUGAUGGGAAGAGGAGGAUGGACACCCCCUGGAUGUAUGAGCCUCAGUUGCUCUCUGAUGACGAGGGUGGAAACAUGAGAACACUUCCCCUUGCUGAAGACACGCCCCCUCUGAUUGAGGACAGCCAGGCUGUGUUGGGAGACUACACAGAUGCUGUAUACUACAGACGUGGCCCUCUGAAUCCUGACUUGCACCAAGCUGAGCCAGAUGACAAAUCCUCCACCUAUACCCUGACCAAUGUAGUGCCAUUAAUCACAGACUUCCUGGAUACCUCCUGGAACCCAUACUUGGACACCAUUCGCCAGCGCCUCAAUAACUUCUGCCAUGGCAAAUCUUUCAUGGUGACAGGGGUGACUCUUUCAGGGGCAAACAUCCAGCGAGAUAACAGGGACCGCCUAGCAAUCCCAAAACACUUAUGGCUGGCGUACUGCUGCCCACGGUUUGACCGCAACUCACCGUAUGAGGUGAGGUUUAUGUUCCCUAGUUAUGGGGGCUAUGCACUGAAUGAACAGACUGGCCACAGUGUGGUGGAGGUCCCUCUGAAGACUCUGGAGAGCUUCCUGAAGAGCCAGACAUACACAGAUAGUGACAUGACUAUUUUCUAUAAGGGCUGUGUGUCCGAAAACCUCUUCAAGAAGAAGAGGAGAGACCUGAGCAGUGUUUCAGUCUGAAUGAACAACUACAUGCACAACAUGGACAAGACUUAACUGUAUUCCAAAUAACAGGCCUAAAUUAAAUAAACUUUAAUGUGUUACAUAAGGAGUAAUUCACCGUGAUUUGUUACGCAAACUUUCUGUUUAAAAUUUGGGAUCUCCAGUCAAAACAGCGCCCGUUAAAUCCAGCAUCUCAGUACGAGACGAAUUUGUUUUGUCCCACCUUGUACUGUUGAGUUAAGCUACAGUAAUUCAUACAUUCAUGUCACA